AAAAAAAAAAACCAACACUAUCCGCAGAAUCUUCACGAUACAGUCUUACGCCGUUCGAUUUCUUCCUCCGUCAGGCGCCGAACUUCGUUGUAUAUCUCGGAAUUUAGCAAAUUCGUGGUGAAAUAUGCAGAUUCUGCACAUCCCUUGCUUGGAAGACAACUAUUCCUACAUGAUUAUUGAUGAGGCAACGAAAGAUGCAGCAGUGGUGGAUCCCGUGGAGCCGCACAAGAUUCUUAGUGUAGCUCAGGAAAAUGGGGCUAAUCUUAAGCUCGUCCUCACCACUCAUCACCACUGGGAUCAUGCUGGUGGCAAUGAAAAGAUCAAGCAACUAAUCCCAGAGAUCAAGAUUUACGGUGGUGCUGUUGACAACGUAAAAGGGUGCACCGAAAAAGUUGAAAAUGGCGAUAGGUUCUCUCUCGGGGCCGAUAUCAACAUACUAUCCCUACAUACACCAUGCCACACCAAGGGCCACAUAUGCUACUAUGUCACUGCGAAAGAAGGAGAUGAUCCUGCUGUCUUUACUGGAGACACCUUGUUUGUUGCUGGCUGUGGGAGGUUUUUCGAAGGCACUGCAGAGAACAUGUAUCAAUCACUAUGUGUUACUCUUGGUUCUUUGCCAAAGCCAACCCGAGUAUAUUGUGGUCAUGAGUAUACGGUGAAGAACCUACAAUUUGCUUUAACGGUGGAACCAGACAAUGGGAAGAUAUCUCAAAAGUUAGCAUGGGCUGAACAGAAACGAAAAUCCGACCUUCCCACAAUUCCAUCCACCAUUGAUGAAGAACUGGAGACUAACCCAUUCAUGCGUGUUGAUCUUCCUGAGCUUCAGGAGAAGGUCGGCUGCAAGUCCCCGGUUGAAGCCAUGAAGGAAAUACGACAACGAAAGGAUAACUGGAGAGGAUGAUGAACUCAUUCGACGCACUUCACGACACUGAAUGUAUCACCAGCUCUUAGAGAAUUCCAUACUUAUAAUAGCUUUUAACAAUUCCCAUAUAAUGUUGCAUUUGGAGGUGUUGCUUAAGAGUUUUAAUAUGUUUGGUUGGUUUAUAAAUCAUACUACACUACUUUGUAGUCUUUAAUCUUUAAUAUAUCAUAAAAAUGCUUUCAAUGGCUA